AUGAAUAACCCAACGGCUGUGCAGAUCUGUGAUAUUGCACAGUUAUCUACAGGUAUUGCAUCAGAAGAUAUUGGAAAUAAGAAUAAAGAAAGUUUUAGGAUUGAUUCCGAUUAUUUGAAAAAUGGCUCAGGUGAUGAGUGCUACAAAGUAUUUGAUAAAAGUGUGACUAUGCCAAUUGACAGUGAUAAUGAUAGUUAUAAUUAUAAUUUUUACAAAAGAAAUAAAUAUAAGGAAGGCUCAAUACAAACUACAUUAAAUAUAGAUGACAGUGAUAUAGAGAAUACCAUCGAGCAUAAAAUUGAAGAAAAUUAUUUACUCAUUAAAAACGAUGAAAGUGUUGGGAACAAUAUAAAUAAAAAAGAGAAAAACAUAAUUGAAACGUUAGAGGAAAAAGAAAUUAUUCAUAAUGAAUUAGAUAUAAAAGCUAUUGUUAAUAAAAGUAAGAUAUGUGAAUCCACAAACAGCAAUAACGUGUUGGAUAAACACAUUCUAAAUGAAAAAUUGUAUAUUGAAAAUAUAGAGCAAACCUUUGAAAUAAACGAAGUCGAAGUAAAUACACAUAACGGGGAUACGAACGAAAUAUUGACUUGUCAAAAUUUUGAAAAUAAUGUAACUACACAGAAUAUAAAUGAGAAUAAUUUGAAAUGUAUUGAUGGAAUCAUAACAAAAAGGAAUUACUUGAAUGAUUAUGAAAGUAUAGGAGAAAAACCAUUAUUAUGUAGUGAAGAAAAUGAAAAUUGCUCAAAUAACAUUUUAAAAGGUUUAGAAGAUAAUUCAGAGUAUGAUAACUUAGAUAUUAAUUGGAAUAAAGCCCAAAUAAAAACGUGUAUUAGAAUUAAGCCAUCAGAAUUUGUAGAAAACGAAUCCAAAAAUAUUAUUACACAAAGAGGUUCAAAUAAAAUAUUAAUAGAUUAUGGAAUGAAAGAUAAAGAAAAAAAAAAAAUAGAGUUUUUGGUCGAUAAAGUUUUUUAUGAAAAUAGUAAGCAAUCUGAUGUUUGGAAUAGUAUUUGUUUUUCUAUCGAUUCAAUUUUUAAUUUCAAAAAUGCUACAAUAUUUGCUCAUGGGCAUACAGGGACAGGUAAAACAUAUACUAUGAUAGGUCCUGAUAUUAUGGAAUUAAUUAAGAAACGAAAAAAAAAAUAUAGAUAUACUUCUAGAAGAAUAUAUCCAAAUGAAUUAUUAGUGAAUACUAAUAGUUUAAAACUCUCAAAUAAUUACAACAGUAAUAAUUGUUGGUAUGAUAGAAAGCGAUCAUGUUCUCAACCUUUAUUUAAUUUACCUCCUAAAGGAAAUCCUUUAACAAAUAGGAAUUCAAGUAAUUUUAAGCGAACUUUUGAUAUAUCUUAUAAUUUUUUUAAUUUUCGAAAUAAUCCCAAAAAUAAUAUAGACUGUGUUAAUGAAAAUUAUUCUGGAAAAUCUGAGUAUUAUAAAACAUUUUCUGAAUAUAGAAAUGAAUAUAAACCUAAUUUUAAAUUUUUUAAAGACGACAUACAAUUAAUUUUAAAUUCUGAAAGGAAAGGAAUUAUACCUCGAGCAUGUGAAGAGAUAAUGAAUAGAAUAUCGUUGCUAAGGGAGAAGAGUUCUCGUGAAUUUUGUUAUUCAAAUGAAAAAUAUAAGAAUGGCAGCAAUGCUGAGGAUGAAAACAAUAAUAAUUGUGAGGAUCGAGGUGAUAAAUGUAAGGAAAAUGAUACAUUAUUCCCAAAUUUUAAAGUGUAUGCUUCUUAUAUGCAAUUAUAUAAUGACAGAAUAUUUGAUUUGCUAAAUUCAUGUAUUGAAUCACAGCCAUAUUUAAGUACAUUAAAAUCAAAAUUUUCAAAUAGUACUACAUUUGUUAACGGAUUGUUAACUGUUGAAGUGAAUAGUUGUGAAGAAUUAAUAGAAUUAUUAAUUGAUGGUACAAGUAAUAGAGCUUGCAGAAUAACCAAAACGAAUGAAAUGUCAACACGAUCACAUUCUAUAUUUAAAAUAGAAUUAAGAAAUGUAAAUAAUUCAAAACCUGAACAUUUUAAGUCAUGUAAUUUAUUAUUAAUCGAUUUAGCAGGAAAUGAAAAAUAUGUAGCAUCUAAUGAGAAAUUAUAUACAACAGAAGUAUGUUCAAUAAACAGAAGUUUAUCCGCCUUGUCAUUAUGUAUAAAUGAAUUAUCAAAAGGAAAUAAAAACAUAAGUUAUAGAAACUCUAUAUUAACAAGAUUAUUACAAGAUUCUAUAGGGGGUUCUAAUAAAACAAUUUUUAUUUGUACAAUAUCACCAUAUGUAAAAAAUGCACGCGACACAUUAUCUUCAUUAAAAUUAGUAUCUAAAGCAAAAAAAAUUAAAUUCGAGAUAAAGAAUACUAAUUCUUAUAUAUAUGAAGAAGAUAUAAAAAAAUUAAAAAAAGAAUUAUAUUUUUUGAAAAAGUUUGUUUUUUUUCAAUAUAUAACGAAUAAGUAUGAAAAUAAGAAAAGGCUAAAAAGGAUAAAGGAUUUAUGUUUUAAUGUGUCGCUUUGUGAAAAUGAAAAUAAUGUUUCUGUUGCGUUAAAUGAUAAAUCUGAGAAUUGGGCCGAUGGUAAAUGCAAAAGCAGUUGUGUUACAAGGGAGAAUUGUAAUAGCACAAAAGAAAGCAGCAGUAAUCGAACAAAUGAAAGUCAUGCUAAAGAAAUGGAAGGAGAAAAAGUAAAUGAGGAGGGUGAAGAAAAAUACGACAAUAAAGAAGAAUUAAAGAGAAAUGAUGGUAUACUUUAUGAAUCAUUUUCCAAAUUUAAAGACCAAAAAGAAAAAGAAAUUAUCAACAAAAAUGAGCUAAAUAAUGUAGAUAAUAAUAAUUAUAAAGAUAUAGAAAGAAUAUACAAGGAUUAUGAAGUUAGUUCGUUUAAUUCGUUAUUGCAUCAAUGGAAUAUGAAUAAAUCGAGCAUUAAAAGGAUAAGAGAGGAGUUUGAAACAAGUGAAAAUGAUAAAAAAAAUAUUUGGUUCCAUCAGAAUGGAAAUGUAAAUAAAAAAGGUAUUAUGAACUUUAUCGAUGCUCACACUGUCGAGUAUGAAAUAGAAACUGAAGAUGGUAUAUGUUGUGAAGAAGAAAUCGGUGAUAAUGCAGUUGUUGGAGAAAAUAUUUUACUUGAUGAAUAUGAUAACAUGAAUUUGGAAGAGUCUGAAAAGGGUAUAUUUUUUAAUAAAGAAUGCAUACAAAACAGCGAAAAAAAAGAUGAAAUGAAAAAACAUGAUAAAAUCAACAUAAAUGAUCAUAAAGAAAAUAACAAUGAAAAAAAAUUGAAAAUGAACAAUAAAAAUGAUACAAAAAGAGCAGUUUUAUGUAAUUUAAAUAUGAGUAUAAAUAAAAAUAAGGGUGUAAGCAGCGUUUUUAAUGGUAAAAUAAAUGAAUAUAAUACCCCCCAAAAAAAAAUUAAUAAAAAAGGAAAAAUCGAAAGUCAAAAAAGAGAAAAAAAAGGUCUAAAAGAUAAGAAGAAAAAAUAUAAUUCUUAUAACUGGAAUACGGAUAGUUAUAUGCGUGAUAGUAAAAAAAAGUUGUCGUUAUUAAAGGGAUCUAGGAAAUAUGACAAUUUGAGUAAACUUAAUGAACCAUUAAAUUUGGAAGGAGAGGAAAAUAGUUCCAUUGCCCUUGAUAAUAAUAAUAAUUAUGAGGAUAAUAAUUACAGUAAUUCAAAAUCGGGAUCAUAUGACAAUGGUACCAUUGCAAGUUUAACUGAGUCGAGAAAUAGUGAAAAAUGUGUAAAAAAUAAUUUAUGCGUUCCUAAAAAAGGGGAAAGAAAUAAAAAAAAUAGUGAGACGAGUGACAUUUUCAUCAAUUCGAUAAAUCAUUCAUGUAAUACUAAAUUUAUGGCUCAAAAUAAAAAUCCAAAUUUUGUUAAUAAUGCAGAGAUAAAUAAUAUGGUAAUAAACAAAAUGAGGGUUUAUGAUAACCUAAAAGGUAAGGGGAAAUAUAGUGGAAAGGGAUGUAAUGUGAAAAAGAAUUUGAUUGGAAACAAUAAUGGAAUGAUGGAUGUUGAAAUAAUAAAAAAUGAAAAUUUGUGUGAUAGUAAGAUUAAUAUAAAAAAUGAUGAUUCAUUUUGUGAAAAAAGAAAAUCCGAACGAUAUAGAUCGACUAGCGAGAAUUAUAAUUUUACUAAUUUAAGGAAUAAAACAAUUAUAGGAAAAAACAAGGGUGAGUUUUCAUAUUAUAUUGAAUUUGAUGAUACAAAAGAUGUGAAUAGUAUUGGAAGCAGAGAUGGUAGUGUGCAUGGAAGUAUAACAUCUUGUAUAAAUGAAGGGAGUAAUUUACGUGGUGAAAAUGUUAUGAAAGAGAUGGGAAGCAAACAGAACGGCCUUAAUCCGCAUAGGAAAUUAAAAAUUGGAGACGUUAAGUUUAAUGAUGUGAAAAAAAAUGUUAAUAUCAUUAAUAAUAAUAAUAUAAGUAAUAGUGGUGAUAAUAUGAAUAACAAUCUUAUCUCAGAAAUCGAACAAAGUUGGCAAAGUUUCGAAAAAAAGUUAGAAAAAAAAUUAAAAGAAAAAAAAUUACAAAAAGAAAUGGAAAUGGAAAGUUGUGGUCGAUUGAAUAAUAAUGGAAAUAAAAUAAGCGCACUAGAAGAGAAUAAAAAUCGCUUAGUAAUUUUAAAAAAUAAGUAUGAAAAAAUAUUAUCAAACUCAAAAAAGCAAAGCAGAAAUAAUUUGAAAGAAUAUUCUUAUGAUUUAAUAAAAGGCAAUAAUGUUAUAAAUAAUACUAAUAUAUGUAUAGAUCGAGAAAAGAAAUGUAGAAGUAGCAAUUUGUGUGAUAAUGGAGAAAAUAGUGUCAUCGGGAAAGAUGGUUCAAAUUGCAGUUUGAAUGAUAUAAAAAUAAGCAACAUAAGUAAUGAUAAUAUUAAGGAAAAAAUUGUUAAGAAUAUUAUAAACAACUAUGAUAACAGAUUUAUAGAUAAAGGAGAUAUAAAAUAUAAAGAAGAGCUUAUUGAUAACAAUUAUGAUCAUCCAAAUAGUACACAUUCGAAUUGUAUUAUUCAUUAUAAAAAAAAUACGGUAAAUAAUUUGAAUAAAAUCGAAUUAACAUAUAAUGAUAAAAUUGAUAGAGAAGAGGAGGUUGGUUUAAAUAACACGAUGAAUACUAAUGUAAAUUUGAGCAAUUUAUUAGAUAUUGGAAAUCCUAAAAAAGGAAAAGAAAAAAUGGUAAAUAAAAUUUAUAACAAUUUGAAUAAUACAAAUUUUCAUUCACAAAAUGUGGGGAAUUCAUAUAUUUAUAAGUUUGAAGUUAAAAAAAAAGGGAAUAUAACGAAUAGUCGUGAUGGGAUAGAAAAAAGAGAAGAUAUAAAAUGGAGUUCAAUAGAUAAAAAUAUCAAGGAAUAUAAUAAGGGUAAAAUUAAAGAGAGAAAUGAAUAUUUGAUAAAUGAUGGUAAUCAUAAAAAUAUGUUUUCCAUAUCGAAUAAGAUUAGUAAUGGGAUAAGGAAUGGUGAAAAUAUAAGUUUAGUAGUAUCUAAAAAUAAUAAAAUUAUUGAUUCAAAUAAUUGUUAUUGGAUUAUGAACAACACAGAAAAUAUUGAAUAUUUGGAUCAAGAUAUUCGAACAAAUAGAUAUAAAUAUGGAAUUGUAAAUAAAUAUGUAGAAAAUUGUUAUGUAAAUGCAAUAGUUCAUGAGAAUAAUUCAGAUGUAAAACAUGUGUGUAUGGAAUCGAAAAAAACAAUUGAAACUCCCCAAAAAAUGCAUAAAAUAAAUUUUUUUUAUCAAAAUGAUAGUAGUAACAAGAAUGAUGAUUUUUUGGAAAAUGAAGAACAGAAUAGGAUGAUUAAAAAUUACAAUUAUAUGUAUGGGAAUAUUCAAGAAGCUAAUGAAAAGGAUGAGUGUGGAAAUAAUAGUAUUGCAUUAUUUAAUAAAAAUAAUAGAAAUGUUGAGCAAAGAGGAAAUGGGGGUUAUAUUGUUAACACAAAUAAGAUGAACAAUGGGAAUGAUAUUAAUAAUAGUAGUAAUAUGAAUAAUAAUAUUUGUGGAAAAUACAUUAUAAGAAAGAAUAUUGUUUGCUCAAAUCAGUUUGAUAGAUUAAUAGAAAAUAGCGAUAAAAGUGAAAAGAAAAAUUUAUCAAAUAUUGAUUUUUUAUCAAGUGAUAUAAUUCGAAGCAAUAAUAUGAAAGGUAAAAUAUGUUUUGAAAAUAAUAAAGGAUAUGAAUCUAAAAUAAGUAUGUAUAAUGAUAUGCGUAGAAGAAAAGAUGAAGAUAAUGUUGCAUCUUUAUAUGGAUGUUUUUUUUCUAACAAGAAUAUUGGAGGUGAUGUGGGUGAUUACCAAAAAAAAAUAAAGCAUCCAAUUUAUCAAGACAAUAAAAGGGGAAAUAUCCAAAAUAUGGAAUAUAAACAUUCAGAUAAAACCCAGCAUUUUUCAAAUUAUGGAAUAAAUAGAGUAAAAUGA